CCGCGCCCAAGAGUUGACGCGUCGUGAAUUCAUAAAAACUCACACUGGUGACGUCACUGAAAAAAGGGGGUCCACUAUCACGUACGCCACAGUUGUUUGCCGACUACAUUAUCCCAAUACAUGCAUAAUUUAUUCAUAACGUCAUCGGUGUACGAACAUUCUGCACCCCUUCUGUGAGAAUGGAACUCGCCAAGUCGUUCAGGUUUCAAUCUUCGUGGUGAUGAUUUUGCAAGCAUUGCUCUACCGGAUGGUGUACGCUGUGGGCUCUACACCUUCCAAACACACGAUGUCGUCGCUAUACACACGUUCUAGUCAACUUUAAACAAAUCACAAAUGAAAGCUUCGUUCUCACUCCCUCUCUAAAGUCUUACAUAUACAGCUUAAUGGCUAACAUCAACAAUACUUUUAAAAGCAAAAACAUGUGUGUACAUUCACUUCAAACUCUUGUUAUGGUCUUGCUUGUAUCAAGAUGUGUGUGUCUUAACCGAGUCUGUGUGUCUUACUCCAAGACGGGGGACGUCAUCUUAGGCGGGUUGUUUCCAAUCCACUACGUUGCCGGUCCGGGUCAAUGUACGGACAAACAAUCACGCUGGGGCACCUCCCUCUCCGAGGCAAUGAUCUUCGCCGUGGAGCAGAUCAACAGCCGGGAUGACAUCCUUCCUAGCAUCACGCUUGGGUAUGACAUCCGUGAUGACUGCCGCUCGGAGGAUGUUGCCUUGUGGCAUGCACUGUCCCUCGUGAACGGCCUCAACCCAGCCGAGACGUCGGGUCUCUGUCUCCCCGACGCUACGGCCAAAGUUCUCGGUAUCGUCGGCACGGCGCACUCGACGACCAGCGUUGUGGUAGCGAAGGCGGCGGCUAUGUACAAUGUACCCGUGGUAUCCUACGGUGCCGCUGCAGAUGAGCUGGGGGACAGUCAACGCUUCCCGUUUUUCCUCCGGACCAUUCCUCAAAAUAGCCUCCAGAUUCAGACCAUGAUUGAUAUAAUCGAUACCUUUGGAUGGGUUUACGUCUCCUUAUUACACGGGACCGAAUCGGAAUACCUUCAUGGGGCACUAAGGUUCCAGGAGAUAGCACCGUAUCACGGUAUCUGCGUAGCUUACUCCGCUGCCAUCAGAUCUAAUGCAGGAGACGAAGAAAUCCUCGAAGUGGUCUCAAAACUUGACCGGUAUCCAAAGGCGAAAGUAGUGGUCGUCAUCGGUGAGAAGUUCACCGGUAAAAAUGUCAUGCAGGCCGCUCAGACCGCUGGAAUGGUUGGAAAGUACCAGUGGAUAGGUGGGUUCUCAUGGGGUUACUUGAUGGCAGAGGAGGGUCUUGGAGAUAUAUCAGACGGUGCUAUCUUCGUCAGGAGUUACAGUGUGGAAACUGACGGCUAUCAAGAGUAUGUGAAAUCGAAGGUGCUCACGGAGCCUCAUGUUUCACCGUGGUAUCAGGAUUUAGCAGCGGCGUGGAUGGAAACUAACAACUGCACGGAUAUUGAGGUAUGUCCGGUCCCUCUGUCAAGCUCAGCAGGCCCCGUCAAAGAUGCUGUCGAUGCUCUGGGUUUUGCCCUCCACGAAUUGAUGAAAGAAAAAUGCCCGAAUAUAAGCCACUGCCCGAUUGGGGAGAUCACAAUGGACACCGAAAGUUACUUGAACAAGCUAUUCAAUGUGAACUUCACAGGAGUUGACAAUGAGCAGAUUCGAUUCGAUAGUUCCGGUAACGCCGGAGGAAAGUUCAUCAUCACUAACCUCCGAGAAGGCAGCGGGGAGCAGAGAGUCGGGUUAUGGGUCUCUUCCUUCGAGUCAGUGGGCGAGCGGCUCACCCUCAAGCCAGACCUGAUCCGGUUUGUCAAUAAGAGCUGGAGUAAGCCGUUGUCUAUAUGCACUGAGGAAUGUGAGGUUGGGUAUAUUAUUGUGCCUUUGGAAGAGAAAUGCUGUUACGGUUGUGACGAAUGUCAUCCUGAUCAAAUCGUGGUGUUAAACGGCACCAAAUGUGAACAAUGUAACAGGAUAGAAUGGCCGGAUAACACACGUUCCGUUUGUCGACCCAUCAUCCCUUCCCCAAUCGUUUGGAGUGGCUCUAUUGUCAUAGUCAUUCUCACCAUGUCUGGCCUGGGUGUUGUUCUCUCAGCAUGCACCAUCACUGGCCUCCUAGUGUACAACAAUCACCCGCUGAUUAAAGCGAGUAGUCGAGAGCUGUCCAGCAUCAAUGUGGCUAGUUUGACCUUGACGUUUUCUUCGUGCCUGGUGCUGCUUGCUGAGCCCACGAAAGUCUCCUGUAUCUUGGCUGAGAUGAUGCUUGCCUUGUGUACUACGCUCAUCUAUGCCCCUACUCUGUUGAAGGUGAACCGCAUCUUUCGAAUCUUUACAAAGGCCCGCAAAUCCACCCAAAGGCCGAAGUUCACUGGUCCCAAACAUCAAGUCAUUGCCUGUCUUGUUUUCAUAUCUGUUCAGGUUAUGUUGUCCAUAUUGUCGGCUAUCUUGUCACCGUCCGCCCCAGUGGAGUUGAUAUUCCAAACGGACGACCGUCGCAUUGAACUGUACUGCUCAUACGGUGCUUGUUUCAUCGUGUCUUGCGUCUACAACCUCCUUCUCGUAUUAGCAUGCUGUAUCUACGCCUUCAAAGCUCGUAAAGUUCCCAGUAACUUCAACGAAUCCAAGUUCAUCGCCAUCAGCGUGUACUCCACGCUGGUAUUAUACAUUGCCGCCGUGCCUGUCUACGUCACUGCCGCGCAUGCGCUGCAGAAGGUUGCCACUCUAUGCUUUGCGAUCAUACUGAAUGCGUAUAUUACGCUGGUGUGUCAAUACCUGCCUAAGCUUUAUGCAGUAAAGUAUAUGGACCAGCAGGACGACAUGAGUACCAGAGACUGGCAUGGUACCUUUACACUCAAAGGGACCAACCAAGUCGGCCCGUCAACGUCAGGAACAACUGCCGUUAUUUCGACUGCCACAGGAAAAUGAAUAACUUUAUUACAAAUUAUGUGUACCAUCAUCUGAUGGUUUGUAUAAUUCAUAAUCUGAGACAUAGGCUAGCCUUGUUAAAAACACCGCGUAAUUAUGUUCGGCUUUUGUGUCAACAAUAAUUAAAUUCAAUACUGCACUCGUUAUUGGUUUAUAUUCACAAAAUACGGAAAUAGUUUAAAUUACAUAGAGGGAGUAGUGUCCAGUCAGAGACCAACAGCAAAGAGCAAUGACCUAGACUGAGACAUGAGAGCGUGGGGGUUGGCUUUAUAAUGGUCCGAUAGCAAUACAAACAUGACGUCAUAGCCAAAAUGUGCAAACCGUUGCAUGAAGAAAACAACAAAGAAAACUUAAAAAAACAAACACUCAAUUUAUCUAAAUCUGAAGCCCUAGGCCUGACUGUGAAUUCAGAGUUUUUUUUUAUCAUUAUUCAAUGUUUUAAUGAGUAACGUUGUCAAACCCAUUCUCACCAGUAUUCGCUAUCCGCUUAAUGCAGUCAGUGCCCGAUUUCAUAAAGCUGUUCACCGGUGUGGCAGUUUCAGUC